UUGUCCUCCAGGUGUCCUGUACAUGAUGGCGAAAUCGUCCCGUGCCAUCUUUAUUGUCGUCUGCUUUGCAAUUGCACUUCACGGUUUGGGCGGCGCGUCGACGGACGAGCGGACACGCUGCGAUUGGUCGCAGAGACGUUCCACGUCGCACGGAGCCAAACAAACAGCAGCAGCGUGAAGUGUAAAACGGGGCAGACUGCAGCCGGAGCGUCGUGUCCGAGUCGUCAUCACCUGAGCCCAAGGGAGGUGGGACACGUCAGACGAGCGAUUAAUGAGAAAUCCACUUUGAAUGAGAGUGAGGAGAAAGUCUUGUUGUGGUGGUGCAUAUCGGAUGCUUUAGAGGGUGACCGGCUGCAGAGGCAGACUGAGGCUGAUCAUGGGUCAGCCCUGCUGCUCAUCCGUCUGACUUGGAACAACAACGACGACGACGACGACGCGGUCUGCACCUGCGCCACGUCUCGGCAUGGGCUCCAGACUGAGCAGACAGAACAGCUUGAACAAUGAGAAUUUCUCCCAAAAGCGACGCAGGCUUGCCGAUGUGGCGACGCAGGGCGACAAUCGGAGCGGGCGGGCGGGCGGGGACCUCCUGUUCGCCCUGAUGCUGAAGACGGACAAGCUGCCCGGGAUGCUGCGUCGGAGCAACCACAGCCCCUACGUGAGACGGGUGACGUGGAUCAGGGAGAUCCAGAAGCUGCUUCGCGAUCGCAGGAUGGAGCAGGCAACCGACGUGCUCAGGUUACUGCGGAAGGAUCUGGGACUGGAAGGUACCUCGCUCAAUGACAUCUUAUACAAGAACGCUGCCUUCCUCAAUCUGGUGGAUCCAAUUUCACACGAGCUGCUGCUGAGCUUGGCCCGAGAGAUGCAGAAUCCUAAGAAGACGACAGCCUUGAUUCUUCUGCUUGGGACCGAGCCACCUAUGACAUUCAGCAUGCAACGUGAUAUUUGGACUGGACAACUACGAAGAAAAGAUUCAGACACCAUAAAGUCGUCAGAUAAAAUUUGCAGACAGCUGAUCUACCACCUGACCCCACAUUCGAAGUGGCUGAGGCAGAGCAUGUCCAGACGGAAAUCCCAGGCGUGUCUCAAGACAACCCUCCAGAAGAAGCUGUCCAAUGACACUGUGGACUUGUCAGGCAUUCCUCUGUCCACCCGGGAUGUCCGUCAAGUGGCCUUCUACCUCCAGAACAACAGAGACAGUGUGGUGGCUGUGGAUAUCAGCUUUACAGAGCUCCAAGAUGAAAACCUGACGCUGCUUCUUCCUCUUCUCGCCUCACUACCCAAACUCAACACCCUUGCCCUCAACGGGAACCGUCUCACCCUGACUGUACUCAAAGACCUGACUGAGAUGCUGAAAGACCCCAAGAAGUUCGCCAGCCUGGCUUGGAUAGACCUUGGCAACAAUGUUGAUAUUUUUACCAUGCCUCAGCCGCUUUUGGUAGCUUUACGCCGGCGCUGUAGCCUGAAGAGCAGUCUACCCACCAUCUACGAGUACACAGAGGGUCAACCCUACUGCUACCACCUGGAGACUUCUAUCGAGGAACCCAGCCACUAUGAAGAAGAAGAGGAAGGGGAAGAUCCAGAGGACGACAUAGAUGGCAUGGGUAACAAAUUUGAGCUGGAGCCAUGGGGCUUAGGUGAGAAGCAGCUCUCCAAAGACUUCACCCUUCACUACUGUGAGAGGUGAUCAGGAGUUUGCCUCGCUGGCUCGAAUGUUAUCGAUCUGUUAACUUCCUUAGCUUGACCACACUCAAUCCCUCUAGCCCAAUUCACCCUUUGAGGCACGAGGGAAACUGCAUUGUGAAACUCUCAGCCAGACACCAAGUAAUACCAAGACGUCUCAGAAUGAACCUGCACUAGUUGACAGUGGAGCAAAGGGUCAGGUGGUGGACUUACUGUGUUGGUGGAUGGUGCUCUUGGGAACAAGAACCGUAGGACUGGAUUCAUUGGAGAAAUGUCUCUCUCUUGCCCUCUCACUCCCCUUUACCAUAUAACUGUCUGACUGUGGCAGCAAAGAAGCCAAUCCCAGAGACUUCGGUCAGCUGUUUGGCUGGAGGAGCAGCAUUUCGGCAGUAUUUCAAGUGGAAGGCUAGUCAGUUUGGAGGCAGUGGGUCCCCCCACCGAGUUCUCGACCAGGACUGAGACGAUCUCCGGCAGGCAGAGCCUCACUCCACAUGGUGUGUUCUCUGUUAAUCUCUCAACAAAAGCUAUGACACAAGUUCAACAGACUACGCAGCCGACGACCUGUCACGUGACGCUGGCAAAACUGCUAGGUCAAGACUUUUUUUUGCCCCCUUUCCUAAUGUCUACUUGUGAAUACCCAUGCUGCCCUUGUGUGUACGUACGUAAAUGAGGAGACAAAACAUGCCUCUGUUGUGUUACCACUCACUGUUUUUUGCACUUUUGGUGAGCAAAGCAAUCUUAGAAGACAACAGGUAGGACUAAACAAUGGUAGCUGUGACUAUUUGUUUAUAGACUUGCUUAAAUACGUCACUUUCUCUAAUGUUGUCAUUACCCGUGUUUCAAUAGAACCCAUUUUUAAUCUGGGUUUAGGAAUUUAAAAAAAAAAAAAAAAAAAAAAAAGCCCAAACAGCUGUUGCCUGUUGUUCAUUUCUUUCUUUUGGUCAUUGUCAUCAUUUGUAGUCAUUUACGUGGAUUACUAAACUUCUUUAUUGGCUCUAUUUCUGUUUUUGGAAUGCCAUGACUGUUAUUUCAUGAUUAGACUGACUUUCAGGGUCAUGUCCUUUGCAGUAGCACAUAAUGGUCAGACAGACCAAAACAUUGCAAUGCAAUUCAAUGCACCUUUCUGUGUGUGUUUCUCCAUGUAGCAUAGUCUCUUGUCAGUAAUUGACAUAUUAACACUGCAGAAGUUGUCAUCUUUACAAAGCUGAUCCAAAUGGCUCAUGAUUGUUAGAAAGUUACACACAAAAAAAUGCUGCUCCAUCACAAUAUACACUAAAUAUCUAAAUGUUUCAUGUUUGUCGCUCUGAAAUGUCUGGUUAUUGUUGUAAUUAUUUGUGUUUUGGUGUCUUGUCCAAUUCUGUGACUAUAUGACUCCCAAUUCAUCAAAUUAGCAAUGUGACAAGUGGGUGCCAUCUUUGUGGAAUUUUCUAAAAUACACUUCCAACACCUCUAAAAUCCUCCACAACAAAUAAAUUGCCAAAACAAAACAAAAAAAAGAUUACUAAAGUACAUCAUCUUUCUACUGCCCAGACUGCUCUUCUUACGAAUAAUGAACAUUAUUUUAAGUGGAGAUUUUAGGGCAAGUGACGCCGUUCGAAACGUCAACAAUAACUUUGACGCAUCGACUCGGAAAACCCCUCGGAAUUCUGGCGCGCACAAGCUUAUUUGUGGAUAUUUUUAACUGAAACUUGUCAGCCAAUCGGAGAAGGGGUUCCCGAGUAGCAGACGAAAUAAAAAGACAUGCUGAGAAAUAAUGAAGUUACACAGUUUUACUCUAAUUUGAAAGCAUUUUAGACCAGAUUUUCUCGAAGCAAUAUCAGACAAAAUCUUUCAAAAUUCUUGGUACAUUGUACUCAAGUUGAAGUGGCCAUUGCAACCAGACCCAGCAUCUUGACGGACUGUCAAUUUUGGAAGCUUUUGUCACGUUGCUAAUCCCACUGAGCACGGUGGCCUCAUGUAUACUGACACAAUUAGAGUGAAAACAAAGUGGAUGAAGCAAAGAGUCAUUAGCAGAUAAUGUAAUUUGUGAUUACAUUGAGAGCAGUCACCUUUCAUGUUGAAUGUUUAGUCUGGGUGAGGACACCGUCCAAUUGGUUUGGUGCGUCUUGUUUCGUGUCUGCGAACAACUCUUCCUUACCGUUGUUUAUAUUUUCCAAAGCCAAACUACCAAUAAAAGAAUCGAUUCAGACUGA